UUUAUUGAGUCCAACCAGAAGAGACCCGUGUUCUUUCCAACAACCAUCACGUUUUCAUCUUCUUCGAACCAUCCAUUUGUUCAACAUCAUCAAUCAAUAAUGGAGAAAAAAUUUCUUGACUACACCUUGGUUCCGUUGGGGCUGGCUAUAAUGGUGGCAUAUCACAUAUGGCUUUUCAAUCGAAUCAUGAACCACCCUUCCAAGACUGUUAUAGGCGUCAAUACCAUCAAUCGCCGCUUCUGGGUUCAGGCCAUGAUGGAGGACAACGCCAAGAAUGGAGUUCUUGCUGUGCAGACUCUGCGAAACAAUAUAAUGGCAUCUACAGUUUUGGCAUCCACGGCCAUCAUGCUCAGCUCCGUUAUUGCUUUGCUCAUGACCAAGGACAUCAGAGUGGAUCGAUCUGCUUGGACUUUUGACUCUGGGGAUACCAGUGAGAUGGGAUUGUCUAUAAAGUUCUUCUCUAUAUUGGCAUGUUUCUUGGUGGCUUUCUUGCUGAACGUGCAAUCCAUUAGGUACUAUAGCCAUGCAAGCAUCCUCAUUAACGUCCCCUUCAAGAACUUGUUACCUGAUCACCACCACCACCAUCUGACAGCGGAGUAUGUGGCUAGGUCAGUCAACAGGGGUAGCCAUUUUUGGUCAUUAGGACUACGUGCCUUUUACUUCUCUUUCCCUCUGUUUUUGUGGAUCUUUGGGCCAAUUCCUAUGUUUUUGUGUUGUUUUGUCCUGGUUUUCAUGCUCUAUUUUCUGGAUGUCACCUUUGAGUGUAGCUGGGCUGUUUAUGAUCACAAGGACCAGGAAAUUGAGACCCAAAAUGAAACUUGAUUUUAUAAUACUAGAAAUUAGGUUAAAAAAAAGUGCAUUUUGCAUUCAAUAUUCAAUCCAAAAGUUGAAUAGAAUUAAAUUGCAAAUGCACGUUAUAUAUAUAAUGCUCCUGAUAUGUAAUCAAUAAUGUUAUAAUAAGUUUCAGCUUAAUGAUAUUUAAGU